AUAUGCCCACAGAUCAGAAUUAUAAACUUAUAAGUUGGCUUAGGCAGAUCAGAAACCUUGACAGCUUUAUAUUGAAUAGAAAUUAUCUUUUAGUUGUUAGAAUUUAGAAUUGCCUGUAACUACCAAAUGUGACCCCAAAAGCCUUACUAAAUCUCCUCAAUUAGAAAUAGAAGAAUGGCUGACACCCGUGGCAAUUUAAAUGACUCACAGGAUCAAAGAGAGCUGACUGACGCAGAAGAGUGCAUAAGACGAAUAGAAGCUUUAGAUGAACGUAUUCAACAACUUAAAGAUGAAAGACAUCGCAUUAUUGAGAUUCAUCGUAAUAGGAAAGAUGGACUACAUGAACGCGCUGACCAUCAGGAAGAAGAAAGAAGAAAACAUGUCGAUAAGAGAUAUGGAACAUGUGUAGAGGAAACAUUUAGAGAAGCAGAACAGGAGAUAUACCAGGAUGUUGAUAAACUCUAUGGUGACAGCAGAAAUAACUUGAAAACUAUAGAUGGAAAAAUACAAGAACUAGAAGAAGAAAAAACACAACUGGCGAAAGAGCCGGUAAAAGAACGUACAUUUAUGGUUAGAAAAUUUGGUAGAAUGCCCGAGAAUCAAUACAUCCGCAUCCAAACCAACUUAUCGUUUCUCGUUUCCAACUUAAUACCAGAUAAACUGAUAUACCGUCUGUUUAGUAAACGUGUAUUUGACGAUGACGACUUAGAAAAAAUCAACAAGGAGAAAGAAAAUGGAAGAAGAGCUGUGGUGUAUAGAAUGUUAAUGAUUCUGUUUGAUUGUGGAAAGUGGGCGUAUGAGCAAUUUAUAGAAUCUUUACAAGAAGAGGGAUUUACAAGAGCUGUAGAAAUACUUGAAAAUGUGCCUCAGGCUAAUACAGGAAGAGUUAGAGGGAGGGUUCCUGAUAUCGAGUACGACCGACUUACAGCGAACUUUUGUUAUAUAAUUAACUCAAUAGAUCCCUGGACUUUAUCAGCUAGACUUUUAACUAACAAAGUUAUAGAUCAUGAUGAAUAUGAAGAAAUUGAAAGUAAGAAACUGGAAGGACGACGUGACGUAGCUCGAAAAUUACUCAAUAUAUUAACAUACUGUGGUCCAGGGACAUUGGAUAAAUUGGUACGAUCGUUAAGAGAGGAAGGUUGUGCAGACAUUGCAGAUCAACUAGAAUCAGAAAAACCCCCACCUCAAGAAUCAAAACCCUUCAAACAAAAUGAAUUCAAGAACCCAAAGCUCAAGAAUGCAGAAGAAAAUGGUAAAAUUAUGCUAGACGGGAUUAAAGAAGACAGUUAUCCAAAGAAUAGAGCUUACAACGAAGGCUGUAAAGUACUUAAUAACAACUUCAUCUUAGGAGUUAUUGGUGCUACAGGAGAUGGUAAAUCUGUUUUAAGUUCCAUGGUAGCUUCCAAUUUUAUAGAAAAUCAUCCUGACUUUGCACCCUUGGUGAUAAAACUCAGAGAUAUUGAUGACAUUUCUUUUUCAGAAAAGAAAAACAUGCUUCUAAUAGUGGAUGAUAUUUUAGGUCGAUUUGAUCGCUCCAAUGUAAAUAUAUCUAAAUUGCAGGUUAAUUUCGAGAAUCUUUACUUACAUAUAAAAAGACGUAAAGUUGCAGUUAUAUAUGUUAUGCGUGAUUAUAUAUAUAAUGACUGUAAACAUGUCCGAAAUAUUUAUGACAUUUUUUCCAAUGAAUAUUGUAUAUUUUUGCAUAAAGAAAGUCUUUGUUUAAAUAGACAAGAAAGGGAAAAGAUUGUUAAAUACCACUCAAAUAAGUUGCAAAAAUCUGAUAUCAUAAACAUUACUGAAAACACAGCCACUUCCUUUGGUUUUCCAAGCAUUGUUAAAUUAUUAAGCAAAUUAUUAAGUACAUGCAAACGAGAUGAGAUAUUUACAUUUAAAGGUCUCAUCGACUUUUUGUUGUUUAAUUUUGAGAUGUUUUGGAAAGAAUAUAAAGAUAAGUAUGCGUGUUUUAUUCUGGCUUUUAUUCUUCGACCUGUAAGCGUUAAAACAUUACAAUCAGACUCAUCAUCAGAUGUUCAGUCUCUUGUGAGUAGAAUACAAAAUGAUGUUUUUGAGAAUUUUAAAUUAAUUCAAGCCUUGGAGGUCUUUGAAAAUUGGUCAGAAUCUUUUUAUGCACGUGAUGAAAAUAACUGUUUUAUUUUUCGCGAGUUUGUUGACGAGGCAUUUCUCAUUCACAUGUUUCCAAAGUUUACAGAUCUUGCCAUAAAAUUCGCACCGUUUCAACUUUUAAUGGAAAUGAUGAGAACGGAAGCUGAUAAGCGAACUGUAACAAGUAAACAAUGUGAUUCAAUAACAAUCGAUUUCUACCCAAACCUUGCUGAUCGUUUUAUUAAUGAAUUUAAAAAUUGCAAUUACGACGUUAUAUUUCAUCAAGCAUUCUUAGAUGAACGUUUUCUUUCAACUUUUGUUAAAUUAGAACAAUAUAAUGAUCUCGUGAAUCAUUAUACGUCUAUUCCAUGUGGAAGAGUUGGACAUUUUAAAGAUGCUGGGAACUUUUUGCAUUUUAUUUGUUUGCAUGGAAGUUCGACAUGUUUUAAAACUGUCAUAUCCCCAGCAACAGAAACUUAUCUAAAGAGUGAAACACAAAAUGGUCAUAACAUAUGUGAUCUUGUAGCAAUCUCUGAUUUAGAUGCAAUUGCUAAAGUAGAUCUUCUUGCCAUAAAUUAUAAACAUAUGUUUAAAAAUACUGUGUUGCAUAUGGCCGUUCAAUCUAAACAACUUGAUGUCGUAAAACAUGUUCUCGAGUAUGACAUAUUUGAUAUUACUUCUUUGAAUAGAAACCUGCAAACUGUCCUUCAUUCUGCUUGUCUCUCAGAUCAUGAUGCACCGGAUAUUGUUGAAUUUCUAGCUAAUUAUGGGAUUAAUAUAAAUGCCAUAGAUAAAGAUGGUCUCACACCACUUCAUUAUGCAGUAAAGAGGGGUAAAAUAAAAACCAUGACUCUACUACUGAACCUAAAGUCUGAUGUUAACAUGGAGGAUAAAUCGAGUAGAUUACCGAUUCAUUUGGGUUGUUGUUCUAAUGCCAGUCUAUCAGAUGUUGAUAAGGCGAAUAUUGUUACUUUAUUGAUUAAUCAAGGUUCUGAUAUAAACCAUAUAGAUACUCAUGGAAGAACCCCGAUUCUUGAAGCCUUGUCAAACUGUCAGACAAAAACUGCAGAAUAUUUGUUAUCAGUGAGGUGUGAUGUAAAUAUAAAAGACAAGAAUGGGACAUCUGUCAUACAGGAAGCUUGUACUAACAUGAAACAACAUUUUACUUUAAUAAAUGAUUUAUUGAAAGUUGUCGACUUCCCAGUUCACGAAGCUGUUCUUUGGUUUGAAGAUGUACACGAACUUGAUGAAUUCCUAGAUAAGAAUAUUGAUCAGAUCAACACACUAAAUGGAGAAGGAGAAUUACCCUUACAUAAAGCAUGUAUAUCAAUCUAUAAACCCAGAGAAAAGGCUGAAUUGUUAUUAUAUAAGGGAGCACAUAUCAAUUUAAAGAAACAUCCAAAUCUCCAUUUAUUUCAUUCUACUGUUUGUCUUUUUUCCCCUGUAUCUGUUAUGAAGUUCUUGUUUGACGUUUAUUUUAAUUUUGAUAUUACUGGAAAUGGCUGUGAAACAUCAUUAAUGUACUGCUGUCAAUCAGGUGUUGACCAGGUUGAAAAGGUCAACCUUAUCCUGACAAACAAUGUGGAUAUUCACAAUAAAGAUGGUAAGGGAAAGGGUGCAUUACACUAUAGCUGCCUCUAUAGUCAAGUAGAAUGUGUCAAGAUUAUUAUGGAUAGAGGUGCAGAUGUCAACGAUAUAGAUGGUAGUGGCCUGACACCUUUGUUUCAUUGUAUAAAAUCAAAAGUAGAUAGAAUAAAAAAGAUGAGAUUGUUAAUUUCUAGUGGGGCAAGUGUUAUUAGCCCUGACAAGUAUGGGGAGACUGUAUUACAUUAUGGUGUUGAAUACAAUAGACCAGAGUGUGUCAGGAUCCUGAUAGAGGCUGGAGCUGAUGUUAAUGCAGUGAACAAGUAUGGUAAGACUGCAUUACACUAUGGUGAUAAACCAGAGUGUGUCAGGAUCCUGAUAGAAGCUGGAGCUAAUGUUAAUGCAGUGACAAAUGAUGGGUGGAGUGUAUUACAUUAUGGUGUUGAAUCCAAUAAACUAGAGUGUGUCAGGAUCCUGAUAGAGUCAGGAGCUAAUGUUAAUGCAGUGACAAAUGAUGGGUGGAGUGUAUUACAUUAUAGUGUUAUAUACAAUAAACUAGAGUGUGUCAGGAUCCUGAUAGAGUCUGGAGCUAAUGUUAAUGCAGUGAACAAGUAUGGGGAGACUGUAUUACAUUAUGGUGUUGAAUCCAAUAAACUAGAGUGUGUCAGGAUCCUGAUAGAGUCAGGAGCUAAUGUUAAUGCAGUGACAAAUGGUGGGUUCAGUGUAUUACAUUAUGGUGUUCAAUACAAUAGACCAGAGUGUGUCAGGAUCCUGAUAGAGGCUGGAGCUGAUGUUAAUGCAGUGAACAAGUAUGAUAAGACUGUAUUACAUUAUAGUGUUGUAUACAAUAAACCAGAGUGUGUCAGGAUCCUAAUAGAGGCAGGAGCUGAUGUUAAUGCAGUGGAAAAUGAUGGGGAGACUGUAUUACAUUAUGGUGUUGAAUACAAUAGACCAGAGUGUGUCAGGAUCCUGAUAGAGGCUGGAGCUAAUGUUGAUGCAGUGACAAAUGAUGGGUUCAGUGUAUUACAUUAUGGUGUUAAAUACAAUAGACCAGAGUGUGUCAGGAUCCUGAUAGAGGCUGGAGCUGAUGUUAAUGCAGUGAACAAGUAUGGUAAGACUGCAUUACACUAUGGUGAUAAACCAGAGUGUGUCAGGAUCCUGAUAGAAGCUGGAGCUAAUGUUAAUGCAGUGACAAAUGAUGGGUGGAGUGUAUUACAUUAUGGUGUUGAAUCCAAUAAACUAGAGUGUGUCAGGAUCCUGAUAGAGUCAGGAGCUAAUGUUAAUGCAGUGACAAAUGAUGGGUGGAGUGUAUUACAUUAUAGUGUUAUAUACAAUAAACUAGAGUGUGUCAGGAUCCUGAUAGAGUCUGGAGCUAAUGUUAAUGCAGUGAACAAGUAUGGGGAGACUGUAUUACAUUAUGGUGUUGAAUCCAAUAAACUAGAGUGUGUCAGGAUCCUGAUAGAGUCAGGAGCUAAUGUUAAUGCAGUGACAAAUGGUGGGUUCAGUGUAUUACAUUAUGGUGUUCAAUACAAUAGACCAGAGUGUGUCAGGAUCCUGAUAGAGGCUGGAGCUGAUGUUAAUGCAGUGAACAAGUAUGAUAAGACUGUAUUACAUUAUAGUGUUGUAUACAAUAAACCAGAGUGUGUCAGGAUCCUAAUAGAGGCAGGAGCUGAUGUUAAUGCAGUGGAAAAUGAUGGGGAGACUGUAUUACAUUAUGGUGUUGAAUACAAUAGACCAGAGUGUGUCAGGAUCCUGAUAGAGGCUGGAGCUAAUGUUGAUGCAGUGACAAAUGAUGGGUUCAGUGUAUUACAUUAUGGUGUUAAAUACAAUAGACCAGAGUGUGUCAGGAUCCUGAUAGAGGCUGGAGCUGAUGUUAAUGCAGUGAACAAGUAUGGUAAGACUGCAUUACACUAUGGUGAUAAACUAGAGUGUGUCAGGAUCCUGAUAGAAGCAAGAGCUGAUGUUAAUGCAGCGGACAAGGAUGGGAUGACUGUAUUACAUUAUGGUGUUGAAUACAAUAGACCAGAGUGUGUCAGGAUCCUGAUAGAGUCAGGAGCUAAUGUUAAUGCAGUGACAAAUGAUGGGUGGAGUGUAUUACAUUAUAGUGUUAUAUACAAUAAACUAGAGUGUGUCAGGAUCCUGAUAGAGUCUGGAGCUAAUGUUAAUGCAGUGACAAACGAUGGGUGGAGUGUAUUACAUCAUUGUAUUGUAUGCAGUAAUGUAACUCAUCUACAAAUACUGAUUGAAGCAGGAGCUGAUAUUAAUAAAUUGUACAAUGAUAGGUGUAGUGUAUUACAGGAUUGUAUCGAAUACGGUAAUGUAACUCAUCUCCAAAUACUGAUUGAAGCAGGGGUCAAGGUCAACGUAAAAAACAAGGACGGCAAUAAACCUAUUUAUUAUUGUUGUAAAGCAUUGGAAAACCCUGUUGAAAAGUUAAAAUUACUCUUGAAUGCUGGGGCUGAACUGACCUACUGGACAAAAUUCAAAAUGAAGAGGAAUAAGGCAACAUCAUCUGAAUUAAACAGGUUUUUAAAAACUUUAUAGGCAGUGAAUGAUGUUAUGCAGCGUAUAUGGUGGGGGGGGGGGGGCGGGGGCUGAUCUGUUUAUUCAACAAAUUCGAUCCAUCGAGGGGCUAAAUGACAUUGAAUAAUCCUCAACUUAUGUAUCUACCAUAGUGUAUUCAGUUAUCUAGUUUUGAACAAGCAUAGUGCGAACAGGCAGCUGUCAUAAGAGUGACAAACAUAGCACAUCAGUUGGUAAUACCACACCCAUUGGUGACAUAAAUUAAAUCGAUUGAAAGUACCAUUCUGCUAUGAUACGAUCCUGGUACAGUUGUUCACUGGGGAAUUUGUGUUGACUUUAAACUGUGGGUCUAUCACUACACACAGGACCAUUUAUCACUGUUAACGUCAAUCCUAAUUGAUUUGUGUUUAAACAAUUAAUCAUUAGGUUGAAGCAAUUAAUCAUUGGGAUAAAAUAUUUAUUUCUUAGGUUUAAACGAUAAAUAAGUAGGUUCAAUCAAUCAAAAAUUAAUAACUUGGUUUAAACAAUUAAUACUUAGGUUUAAACAAUUAAACACAUUUGAUAAUUAGAUUAAAACAAUUAAUACUUAGGUUUAAACAAUUAAACGCAUUUGAUAAUGCGAUUUAAACAAUUAAUACUUAGGAAUAAACAAUUAAUACUUAGGUUUAAACUAUUAUUACUUAGGUUUAAACAAUUAAUACUUAGGUUUAAACAAUUAAUAAUUAGGUUUAAACAAUUAAUGAUUAGAUUAAACUAAUUUAAAAUAUUUAAUAAUGAAAUUUAAACAAUUAAUAAUUAGGUUUAAAUAAUAAUUGUUUGUUUAUGUGAUUAGGUUUAAACUUUGGAUGGUAUAUAGCGUGAUUGUUAAUACCAAUUGGUUGUCAACUGAUUUUUGUUGAGUUAAUAUGAUUAGGUUUAAACAUUGGUUGGUAUAUAGCCUGAUUGUUAAUGUGUUUUUAAAAAUCGUUGAAAUAUAUCAUUGUUACACCAUGAUGGUCGAGUUCAAAUUUCGUAAAAAUUGGGACCGACACUGCCCAACAAAAUGGCCGCUCCUUAUACACAAAUUAUGUAAAAGUAUGAGUAGUAUAGAGGGUACUUUGAAGCAAUUUUGGAAUUCCAGACAUUCCAAAGGUCUGACGUCACACAUUCCUAAGGUCUGACGUCAGAGCAUUCCACAGGUGUUCUAUUUAUAGUUUGAAUAUGGUUAUUGUUGACUGAACAAUGAGGUUAUGAAUAAUAAAAAAGGUAUGCAUGUGUUGUAUUCUUUGAUCGUGUUUGACUUUUGUAACGAGGGUAUGGGGUCCACGAAUUGUUUAUUGGAGGGUAGGGGGGAAGAUAUUUCGCUUUAUAGGCAGGUGUGCAGAGGUUACAUUGAGUUCACGUCACGCGUAGUUAUACCUGCAUUCAGGGACAAUGACCUCCGCCAUUAAGCUUGACAGGUGAACAUGUUGUGAUUGUUUAUCAAAGGUUGUUUAUAUCCCACAC